CUGUGGGAGAACUAGCAGGCUGAUCAAUUUAACUCCCACCUAGGCCCAGAUCCAGGGCUUUGAGCUGACCCACCCCAGCAUCUACCCUAUCUAUGAGCUGCUGGGUCUAUUGCUUCUGCAGACAUGGAUUUCAACCAGUUAGAGGCAUUCCUGACUGCUCAAACCAAAAAGCAAGGUGGCAUCACCAGUGAACAAGCUGCAGUUAUCUCCAAGUUUUGGAAGAGCCACAAGAUAAAAAUCCGAGAGAGCCUCAUGAAGCAGAGCCGCUGGGACAACGGCCUUCGGGGCCUGAGCUGGAGAGUCGAUGGCAAGUCUCAGUCCCGGCACUCAACUCAGAUACACAGCCCUGUUGCCAUAAUAGAGCUGGAAUUUGGAAAAAAUGGGCAGGAAUCUGAAUUUUUGUGUCUGGAAUUUGAUGAAGUUAAAGUCAAGCAAAUCCUGAAGAAGCUGUCGGAGGUAGAAGAGAGUAUCAACAGGCUGAUGCAGGCAGCCUAAGUGAAGGAUGGAAGAAGGAGCGUUUGAAGUGAAGCUGCUCACAGACUUCCUCCACUGACCCUUUGAAAGUCUUGUUCGCCCACUGGUGUUACCAAAAGACAUUGUGUACAUGUAUGAAAGUAUUCAAGAAUAAAUAAAAAUAUAUUUUAAAAAGUGGGUAAAAAAGAGA